AACCCUAGUAUACAACCAUGAGUAGUUCUAGGUUUUUCUCCGGUGGCGCUCAAAGAUCCGGGGCGGGUACUGUUAGAAGGGCAAGGUUGGAGAACUUUAUGUGCCAUAGUAUUCUUGAAAUCGAACUCGGCGAGUGGGUUAAUUUCAUUACCGGUCAAAACGGAAGAGGGAAGAGCGCGAUACUAACUGCUUUAUGUAUAGCAUUCGACGGAGAAACUAAAAGGGCUUCGAAGUUGAAGGAAUUUAUAAAAACUGGGUACAGUUAUGCUAUUGUUCAAGUAAAUAUUAAAAAUGGAGGAAUUGAUUCUUUUAAGCCAGAUAUUUUCGGUGAUACCAUUAUUAUAGAGCGCAGGAUUACUGACUCUACGAGCUCCACUGUUUUAAAAGAUAAUCAAGUAAUUCUUGACGACUUUCUGGCAACUGUUGCUAGUUUUGUGGUUAUUGUGCUGCAGACAUUAGUCAAUGGUGAUACAUGGGGUCCUGCUGCCGAACAAGCUAUUGGAAAGUUGCUAAUGCAUUCAUUGUGA